CAAGCAAUGGAAAUGGACAUGAACUCCUCGUUUGGGGAAACAACAGCAGGCUACCUGGACUACAGCUCAGAGACGGACGCUCCGCUCUGCAACAGAGAAACGAACCACGACUUUGGGGUCAAACUCUCCACCUUCUACCUGCUGAUUUUCACACUGAGCGUGGUGGGAAACAGCUUGGUCCUCUAUAUCAUCUUCAAGUUCGAGAAACUCAACACGGUGGGGAACAUCUUCCUCCUCAACCUGGUUGUGUCGGACCUGAUCUUCAUGUCCAGUCUGCCCUUCUGGGCCGUAUACCACCACAAGUCCAGCUGGAUCUUCGGCCGUGUCUGGUGUAAGAUUGUGGGCAGCGCCUACUUCCUGGGUUUCUACAGCUCGAUCCUGUUCCUCACCCUCUUGACCUUUGACCGGUACCUGGCAGUGGUCUACGCCGUGCCAUCCACCAGGCUACGUCGGAGAAGCUACGCCCUCGCCUCAUCUGCCGCUGUGUGGGGCAUCAGCCUCCUGGCGUGCAUCAAGCCGUUUCUACUCUACGACCAGGCCGAGCAUUACUACCAGGGGUUGGUGUGUGAGGAGGUUGGUACCCCAGAAUCGAUUGUCUCUGAGGAAUUGGAGCUGUCGGGGCCAUACCUUCAGUUAGGUUUGUUUUUCCUAUUUCCUCUCAUUGUUGUUUUUUACUGCUACGUUAGGAUUGCCGUGACGGUCAUCUCUUCCAGGAUGACCAACAAGUACAGGACGGUGAGACUCAUAUUUGUCAUAGUACUGCUGUUCUUUGCAUGCUGGACUCCUUAUAAUGUGGUGGUGAUGCUUCAAGCAGCUGAAGUCGACUGUGUGGAACUCCGUAAACUUGACUAUGCUCUGCAUGUUACUCGUAUGGUCACAUAUCUGUACUUCUGUAUCAAUCCUGCCUUCUACACCUUUGUGGGGAGAAAAUUCCAGAACCACUUCCGGAUUCUGCUGCAGAAACAUAUGCCGUGUUUAAAGAACCAUGUCUCAAUCAAUGGUAGCCGGACACUGUCACAUGUUAGAAUCCCUCAAGUGGGCAUGACUAGUCAAACAGAUGUACCGGUAUGAUUUAGGAGCCCUGUGGCACAGGAAUGUACAUGAAUUAAUGUCUAGGGGUCUCAUAUUAGUUAAUGAACCUUGAAAAGUGUAUGUAGCUAUUCACCACUGUGCCUCUGCCUCUGCAUUGUUUACUCUUUGGGGUUUUAGGCUGGAUAUCGCUAAAGCACUUUGUGACAACUGCUGAUGUAAAAAGGGCUUCAUAAAAUACAUUUGGUUGAUUGAUUGAAAAUAAAUGUGUUUAUACAAUGUUAAUUGUAGACUUGAGUUACCCCCUUACUAUGUCAAGUGUUUGAAUAUCUCGGUUGGUAGAAAGGCACUCUAUAAAUCCAAUCCAUCAUUAAUGCUCCAUUAUUGUACAAUUUCAAUAAAAUGUUAUCAAGAACUUGGCGACAAGUUGUGACAGUACAAGUUAAGACAUGAUUUAAUGUGUCAUAACAAUGUGCAAGUCAUUCUUUUCUUUAUUUACUCUCAGUACAAUUUUUACAUUUUGCCUCUGGCUAACAUUAUCUGGCAAUGUAAAACGUUGCUGUUUGGAAAUAAACAUUA